AGGGGAUGUUAGUGUUUUACGCAGGUGAGCAUAGCAUCGAAUCUAUCUAAAAUUGCGUGAGAGUAAAGCUUUGAGAGAAAAACAAGGAGAAGUUGAUCAAUGGCUUUGAAGGAAGAGUUUGAAGAGUAUGCUGCGAAGGCAAAGACUCUACCUGACUGCUCAAAUGAAAAUCUGCUUAUUAUUUACAGUCUUUACAAGCAAGCAACCAUUGGAGAUGUCAACACUGCCCGCCCUGGAAUGUUCAGUCCCAAGGAAAGAGCCAAAUGGGAUGCAUGGAAAUCGGUUGAAGGAAAAUCAACUGAAGAAGCAAUGAACGAUUACAUCACUAAAGUGAAGCAGUUGUUGGAAGAAGCUGGUGUUUCUGCUUAAUUUACUCCUAAAUCUUAUUAUCUGCAACUGAAAAAUGAAAAACAUUUCGCUUUAUUGUAUGUGGUUAACUAAAAAUUACUCGUGAGUACAUCUGCAUCUUAUUGAAUGCGUAAGAUAUUUAAAAUGCCAUUUCUAAUUGCACUC